AUGCAUAUUUCAAUACCUCCACCACCUCUUUUACAGUCAAGUACUAGGAUAGCUCGUCCUAUCAAAGAAAGUAUAGUUUGUGAUGUUAAUAGAGUCUCCGACAUCACUAUUAAAGCAAGUAAUCUAAGUCAUGGCAAUAUAAAUGGAGCUGCUAAAUUAAAUGAAGAUUUUGCAUAUAAGUCGGAAGGUAUAGUAGAAAGUCCUCCCAAUAAGCUUCCAGAACAGUAUGAUCAAAAAACUUAUAUAUUAGGGAAACUGCAAUCUAACCAACUUUUUAACAACACUGAACAAUCUAAUUAUACUUAUUCCCAUAUGGAGAUUGAAAUGGGAGGUAAUAAUCGGAGUAAUAGUUCUGAUUUCUCGACAGCAUCUCUACCACCUACAAAAUUAAAUAUGGAUAAAAGUAAUAGUAAACCAUUUCAGAAUACAGAAAUAAAUACUGUUUUUUCUACUUUAAAAUCUGAAAAAUAUCUACAUGGAAAUAGAAGUGAAGAUGAAGCAAAUGUCAAUUUUGAUUGGCCUUCAAUAAGUGGACAUAAUAAAUAUGAACUUCCAUUGAAUAGUAGUUCUAGCAACGAAAUUAAACAAAUUAGGAAUUAUGAAACAAAUACAACUAAUUUAAGCAGGAUAAAUAAGGAGCAGAGUAAUGGGUUCUUUGUCACUACUCAUAAUAGAUUUUGUGAGGGAAAAAACUCGAAUAUACCCUUGAAUGAUAAAUCUAAUUAUUUACUUUCGGAAGGCACUGUGAACUUAGAAGAAAAUCAUUCAACACGCCAUAUACAUGGUAAUUACAUAGCUGCAAAUAAUCUCAAGGAAUUUGGUUUGAAUAGUGGUGAUAUAGAAUUAAGCAAAUCUAUAAGUUUAAAAAAUAGCCAUACUGGAUCUAGAUUGCCUCCAAAACUACCGACUAUUUCUACAAAUAUAGUCCCAACUCCUAUAGAUUAUACUGAAACUGAUGUUAGAGAUACUGGAAGUUUGGAAUUUCCUGAUUUUAGAAAAGGAGGUCAUGAAAUCAUACCAGAAAGAGGAAAGUCAUCUACUCGUCCUCCAACUGCACCUAUAUUCUCAUCAGUAGACAAUUCUAUUCAUUUAAAUCGCAGUAUAAUAUUGGAAAAUAUACAAGAUUGUAGAUCUCAGAUAUAUACUGAGAGUGAACUUGUAGAUAUAAAUGAGAUAUCUUUAAAACAUGAUAUAUCACAGGACUUACCAACUUCUUUUCAAGGGUUAUCUUUGAAAUUAACCUCAUCUCAAUUACUUCCUAAUAAUGUUUCCCCUUUUAUUAAUAAAAGUAAUUUAGAUACUGAUAAACUAAGACCUUCUCCUUCAGCUUGUGUAGGUGUCACUCGUCCUCCUACAGCUCCGAACAAUAGUUUAGGACCACAUCCCAAGGUAGAAAUGUUGAUGAAUUUAAUGGAUCGUACAGUUGAAAAUAAAAGACGUGAAUUUGAGAAAUUCAAUCGUCUGAAAUCUGCCUUGUCAGAAUUAGGUGAUUUCAACAAGCGUUUACUUGAAGAAAAUAUUCGAUUGAAAAGUGCCAAUUUGAAUACUGAUUGUGAAGAAUCUAUUAAAUCUAGAGUUGUAAACCAAAAAGUGUUGAACACUAAAUUAUCAAUAGAUAAUGACAUAGAUAAUAAUUCGAAUAGAGAAGUGGAAUUACUGCAGAAUGAACUAUAUAAAAAAGAUGAAGUAAUUAGGAAUCUUCAGAAUAAACUAAUAUCUAAGAGCUCAUUCGACAGAUUUAGUGCAGAUCAGAUGACAUCUACUUAUAUGAAGAUGUUUAAAAAGAUUGAACAAAAAAGUUUACUAUUUAAGGAAAGUGUUGAUGAUAUAAACAAUUUAUUGUCAAACAUUAUUGGAUUAGCUAGGAAUUCAGUGGAAUUACUUGGCAACAAAAUGGUAGAAAAUUUAAAUAGGCUGUCGAGCGAUAUUAUUCAUCAGAUUGAAUUUAAUUAUAGUGCUUUAAAGGUAACAUUGAAUCACUUAUCAGAUCGUCAACAAAUUAUACUAGGCUCUAUGACACGAAUUGACAACCUCGAGAUAUCUGAUAAGAAAUACUCAAACAUAAAUAUUGAAGAUAAUAGUUCUGCAAAUUUUGAGGGGAAUAGGUCACCAACUUACAAAUUUAAUUUUGAAUCCAAUGAUGAAUGUAACAGCAAUGUCAUGGAAGAAGCAAGUAACAUACUAGAUUAUAAUGGUAAAGCUAACACAAGUUAUAGCCAUAGCAUAAAUGGACUAUUCUCACAUACUAAUGAUGAUUUAUCUACAACGGGCAACAAUAAAAAUUUAGUAGAUAUAAAUUUACCAGAUGGUGAUGCAUGCCAUCUAGAUCAACUGUCAUACAGUCAGUCACAAUUUGAUUCAGUAUCUUUAGAAAAUCAGAAACCACCGGUAGAAACGGUAUACAAUGAUGAUUCUAAUACAGGUUGGAACUAUGAUCAGCCAUGUGACUUAACACAGACAAUAAGUGACAUUGACUAUAUAUACAACUAUAAUGCAAUGCAAAAUAUAUCAUCUAGUAAGGCAACUGUAUAA